AUGCCUGCUGGGGUGGUUCGCCUUGGGAAGGAGCUGAAGGCACUCUCGCUGAGCCCCGACCCCGACAUUGACCUCCACCCCCUCCGCGCCGACAGUCUCUUCACGUGGGAGGCCCUCCUGCGCGGCCCCCCGGACACCGUCUUCGCGGGCGGCACGUACCGACUGCUCCUCCGCAUCCCGCAGGACUAUCCAAUGCUGCCGCCCACCGCCCACUUCACCACUCGCGUAUUUCACCCAAAUGUCAACUUCGAGACCGGCGCCGUCUGUCUCGAUAUUCUCAAGAAUAGAUGGUCGCCCGCGUGGACGCUGAUUAGUGUGUGCCACGCCAUUCGCACACUCCUCGCCGCACCAGAGGCGGACAGUCCGUACAACUGCGAUGCCGGCAAUCUCGUGCGGGCCGGAGAUAUGGAGGGAUAUGCCUCACUCGUACGUAUGUACGCUAUCAUGUACGCCGACGCACCGCCUUUCCCACCGGUAGAACCUUAA